AUGAAAUGUGAAGACAAUGGUUCUAGGAGGGAGGGAAAGCUUGAGGACCAAUGUACAGAAAAUGGGUCAGACACGAGUGAGGGGCUUGUCAACCCAGUAGAGAAUUCUUCACUGAAAACAAAGGAAGACGUGUCAGAAGCAACAUUGUGGAAGUUCCACAGAAGGAAUGUUUGCAUAGUGAUCCUCCGGGCCACUACCAAUGCCAUUUGUAUUCUGCCACUAGGAAAUCCCUGCAGAAGCCCAUCACCUGCAGUGAGCAAUGUGCAUUUCUGGUCAGUCAAUCUGCAGAACAUUGUGCUCUGGGAACUGCCUAGAGAAAAAGGAUGCAAGAUAUCGUUCAGUGUACAGUAUAAAAUAUAUGGAGAAAAAGAUUGGAAGAACAAAAAGGAAUGCCAGAACAUUACCAGAGCAUACUGUGAUCUUUCAAAUGAGACAGCUGACAGUGAAGAAUAUUACUAUGCCAGAGUAAGAGCUAUUUCAAGAGCAGGAUUUUCAGAUUGGAAUAAAAGUGGAAGAUUCAAUCCUAAGGUGGAAACAACCAUCAGUUCCCCAAAAGUAGAAGUAAAAGCCGGGGUCUGUUCCAUCUCCAUUACAUUGACGGCUCCCAAAAAGUGGAAGACAAACAAUGAGGCUGAAGCUAUUUCACUGGCUAAAAUCUUUCAUGACUUAAAAUACAAUUUGUCUGUUACUAAUAGAAAGACAAAUAAGUCGCUCAUUUUCCUUGAAGAUGGUAACUUUAAAAAAGUGGAUACUCUGGACCAUGAUACCACAUAUUGUGUGACAGCUCAAACAGUGGAAUUUUCCUUUCAUAGAAUAAGUGAACCAUCUGAAACUGUUUGUGCGACAACACCAAAAGAUCCUGUGAAACAAAUGAUCAAAAUGAUCCUGCUUGGAUGUGUUCUGCCGGUCUUUGUUUCCAUUUUUUUGUUCACGUUGUUGGGCUGUUUCAUGUACAAAUAUGUGUACAUCAGUGAUCAGAAGCAACCUGUAAAUCUGCUACUACAGUAUCGGCCAUCAAAGGCAUUCAUAUUUAUCCCACCUGAGCCUUUGAAAGUUAACGUUAUGGUUUUGGAAAACACAGGUAAAAAAGCAUUGUCAAAUGGUUGUAUAGAUGCUGGUGAUGGUAAUGCUCUUUUAACCUCCCUAGUCAGCAGCAAGUCUGCCAAUGAAUGGAAAGGCCUACCAUUGUCAAUAAGCAGCAGCGAAAUUGUAUACAAGUCUCAGAGUGUGGAAAAGCCAACAACAAAAGAGUGUGCAAGUAGCAGCGAGAAUGUUGUGCAAGCAUCCUAUCAACCCCAACAAGAUAAUCAUGGAGUUCAAUCCCAUCCUUCAAAUGGAAGGAAGACACCAAGUGAUGUUCAAUAUGGAAUCAUUGUAAUGGAGAACAUGAUUCAGCCUCAGCAGCAACAAAACAUCCAGCUUCCAAGUGAAAAGUCUACAGAACUGCUAAAAAUUGGGUACAAAUCCCAACUCGCAACAGAGCCUCUGAACAGAAAUGCUACACAGCACAGUGUUGCUUAUAGCUUCAUUGAAACAGAUACCACUCGUGGUCCAUAUUGUAAGCAAGUUUUCAACAGUCUAAAUGGGGAGUUUGAUGAGCCACAACAGACUAUCUACACACACUGUCCAGAGGCAAGUGGCAUGAACACACAAACUAUAGUGAAUGAUACCAAUUCCACCAGAUUUGGACUAUAUGGACCUAUUGAUCUGCAAAGUGAAACGCUUUACCUACCAAUGAUGCAUCAGGAACUAGAACAGUGUAAUUAUAAGUCACAAUUUCAACCACAGCUACUAACUGGAAAGACCAUACUGUGUGAUGAUGACCAUUGUUCUGGUAUAAUGCUUAGUAACUUCUACUUACUGAAUGAAGAACAACGUGAUGAAGGUGAGGAGCCAGAUACAACAAUAUUGGAUUGGGACAUCAAUACUGGAAGGUUGACUAUACCAGAUUCAGAGAACAAUAGUUUUCUGACACAAGCUGCAGGGCCAGAGACUAAUCUCCUUUCUUCACUGUAUACCAAAGAUCUUUCAGAUGAGUCAAUAAUGGCUGAAGAAGAUAACUGCAUAUCACAGUUCCAAAAACACUGGACACUGCAUGUACAAACAUAGCAAACAAUAAUCCUUUAUCACUGGAAACGUAUGCCACGUGUAUUUUCUUUAAGAUGUACAACCUGGGUGCUUCCAUUUCUGCACUUUUUUGUGCUCUCUCACAUCAGGUCAUGUAACUGUUCAGGCUGAGAAAUUAGACAGGUAGCCUGUCCUUUGGCAUCUUCCUAAGCCUCCCAUUAGGUGAACAUGUGGACGCAUCCUAGUCAACAUCAAAACUCAAUAAGUUGGAGGAUCAACUGACAACACUGUUACCUGAGUCCUCCCUCAAAAUGCCCCUUAAAACGUAUUAUUUCACCAGUUAUCUGUCCAAAUAUCUUCUUUGUGGUUUUGCAUUGAAUUUUAUUUUAUAAUGCUCUGGUGAAGUGCUUUCAGACCUUUUACUAUGUUAAAGCUGCUGUAUAAAUAUAAGCUGUUAUUAACGCUGACAACAGACAUGCAACAUAAACAGU